CCGAGCGCCGCCCUCUCUCCGCCCCUGUCACUUGCCAUUCAGUGCUGACUUUGCUCUGACUAGCUGUAAGACGCCAAGCUGGUAGACAUCUUUGAUUCCAACAACGUAGAAUGAUUCGCCACCCUUCAGCGAUAUACUCUUAUUGAUAUUACUAUCUCACAAAUCUUUCCGGUAUGGGUGAAGACCAGAUCGUCCUCGCCCCUUCCGCCACCGGAUCCAUCACACUAUCCUCUCUCCUACCUCAGCCCUCUCCUCACUCGCCUUCUCUCAACCACACUCUCAACCACACUCUCAACCACACUCUCAAUCACACUCUCAACCACACUCUCCCAUCUACCCCUUCCAACACCACCGACGGCCAUGAUGCCACACCCACCCCACCACCCCACGUCAGACCCCCAAAGUAUCACUACUUUGCCUCCCGCUACUCUUGGAUCUGGAUAUCCUCUACAAUCCUCAUCCUCAUCAUCCUCCACCUCAUCCGUACCACACGCCACAAAAGACGUUUAAAGCAGAGUCUCGACCGGCGGCGAAGGCAAUGGAAAUCUGCCAGAGUGUCCGAGCGGGAUUUCGCCCUGGAGGAGCUCGAGCAGAGCAAGGGCGGUUGGGUGGGAAGACGUGUAAGGGCUCUAGGGGCUGGGUGGAGGAAUGUGAUGUAUAUGCGGGGAUUCCCCGUAUGGCUGUAUAUGCCAGAGACGGUGGCCGAUGCGGGCUUUACGGUGUUGUACACUGUUGUGUAUCUAUUCUUCUGCCUACACCGGACUACUUCAUGGUUCCCUGCUCGAGGGUACGUGAAUGCAGCAAACCAGCUAGGCGUCAUGUCCUUCUCUCAACUCCCCAUCAUACUCCUCCUAGUCUCCAAAAACAAUCCUAUAGCCUCACUCACCGGCAUCACCUACCAAAAACUCAACUAUCUCCAUCGCGCAUCUUCUCGGGUUUGUCUUCUGACCAGCUGGGGGCAUGCGCUGCUUUGGACGCCGGAUGUGUGGGAGAUUGGAGAUACUAGGCCUUAUCUUCUUUGGGGCAUCGCCGCGCUGACGGGGUUCACAAUGCUCUGGUUGACGAGCUUCCGUUUCAUUAGACGGAUGGCUUGGGAGUUUUUCAUCGUCUCGCAUAUCCUCUUUUCCCUGUUGUAUCUGAUAGGUGCCUACUUUCAUUGGAGUCGUCUCAGCUACUGGGUCUGGCCCGCAAUGCUGAUCUGGGCUUUUGACCGUUGCCUACGAUUCAUCAAAGUCGCGUAUAUCAACAAGAUCUCGCCAUUCAUCCAAUCUCGCCUUGACGCAAAGAAAGGCAAGAGGUCAAACAGAGGUCCGAAGAGAGGUGUCAAAGUGGAGUUGCUGGAACAUGAUGUCAUGCGGGUCACGAUCGAGAGGGAAGGCUGGAGUUGGAAAGCUGGUCAGCACGCAUUCAUCAGCGCCCCGUCCCUCACCUCUUCCCCACAUGAAUCCCAUCCCUUCUCGAUCGCCAACAUCCCCACUUCCACCUCCAACGCCGCCAGCUUCCUCAUCCGAGUCCAUUCCGGUUUCACCAAGCGUCUCCUCCAAGCUCUCCAUUCCGAUGUCGAAGAAGGGCUGCCGCUGCUCAUCGAAGGACCGUAUGGCUAUCCGCACAGUCUGGACUCAUACUCGACUGUCGUCUUGUUGGCAGGAGGUACGGGUGUGACAUUCACAUCCUCCCACUUUCUACAAAUUCUCCAAAACGCAGCUUCCGGCCGGUCAGCUAUCAAACAUCUCCACCUCGUAUGGCACAUCCGCCACGUAUCCCACAUCCAAUGGAUCGCCCCCUUGCUCAACCUGGCUGCCGAAUAUGCUACGAAAGCAGAACAAACUGGCGCAGGGGUUGAUUGGUUGGUGGAUAUUUACGUGACGAAGAGUCCUUCAGCGAAUGAGCCUUGGCCGCCAAAUGCUAUUUCAGAACCUGAGCGAGGCGGUGGAGGUCUGGAGUCGGGCCUAGGGUUGGCCGAUACGUUGUUGGAGAGGAUCGUUCCCGACCCGGCUUCUCGUUCUUCGACUCCGCUCUCCUUCAUCUCCCAUUCCAGAUCACACUCUAUCUCCCAUUCCCGUUCUCAGUCGCGCUCCCAUUCUCGCUCCCACUCCCCCGCACCCUCAUAUCGCCCCGACGAGCUGCUCACACCCAAAGCUCAACAAGUGCGAAUCCCGCUUUUGGGCGAUGAGCAAGACGGGUACGAAGGAGCACAAAAUGGGGAAGAAGAGGAAGAUGCAGGCUGGGGAUUGACGAUGAAAGCCUGGAGCUAUGUACGGUGGAAUAAGGGAAGAGCAGAUCUAAGAGAGAUUGUAGAGGAAGAUGCUAGAGAGGCAGAAGGUGCCAUGAACGUGUCUGUUUGCGGCCCCGUACAGCUGCUCCAAGCAUCGAAGAAGGCCGUCAGGGAGGUAUCGACAAUGCAGAGUACAAGAGAAGGUCUUAUGACUAUAGAUUUCUUUGAAGAGACGUUAGGAGCAUAAAGGAGUGAAACCCUGUGUUCUUGUUUGUAAUGGGGUAUGUUUAGACUUUUGCAAACCAUACUAUGCCUUCUUCGCUUCUUCGUGUCUAUUCUGAUCGUCCCGUCUUCGUUGUAUUUUCAAGUAUAGGUUUCUCGUGUUCGAAUCGGAAUGAUAUGUAUGGAUUAUUGGUAGAGCUUGAACGAUGCGGACAUGCAUCCCAGAGCCAGUACUUCGAACGUCACCCUCGUAGCUCCCGUUAACAGUUGUGCGCGGC